CCAAGCACCAGUUUCAGUUUUGGUCUAGCGCUCAUCCAGUGCAAAAUGGAGAAGCUAGAGUUCCUAGUGUUAGUGCUCUGUGCCGUAACCAUUCAGGCCAGUACAAUUCCCACGAGAGCUAAGGAUAAAUGUUUCCAGUCCUCGCAUCAGUGCUAUGACGAACGUAUUCAUCCGGACAGCCAGGGAUCUACCCGUGUCUCCAAAAAUUUAGCAAAUGAACUUGAGACGAACUUUUGGCUGAACAAUGCCAAGGAUUUUGUUGACCAGCAAAUUAAAAGGAAAAUCAACACCAACGUCGCCAAAAAUGUUAUAUUUUUCAUUGGUGAUGGCAUGUCUGUGCCUACCAUUAGCGCGGCUAGAGUUUACAUGGGUGGAGAGGAGCAGAAACUAUCCUUCGAGAAAUUUCCCCAUACUGGACUAUCGAAGACCUACUGUCUGGACAGAAAAGUUCCCGACUCUGCAAGUACAGCAACUGCAUAUUUGACUGGCGUUAAAGCGAACUAUGGAACCAUCGGUGUCAACGGACAGGUUACCCGCAAGGACUGCAACGCGGCCAUGGAUGUUACCAAGCACACCACGUCUAUUGCCAAAUGGGCUCAAGAUGCAGGCAAAGCAACUGGAAUCGUCACCACAACGCGAAUUACUCACGCAUCUCCAGCAGGAAAUUACGCAAAUACCGCAGAUCGGGACUGGGAAAAUGACGCCGAAGUACCAGCUGGUUGCCCUAAAGACAUUGAUAUUGCCACACAAUUAAUUCAUGGCGAAGUGGGAAGUAAAUUCAAAGUGAUCCUAGGAGGUGGUCGUGCUGAAUUCUUGAAUGAAACUGUAGUAGAUGAAGAAGGAAACCCAGGGUAUCGCCAAGAUGGAAAAAAUCUUAUCCAGGAAUGGCUUGAUGCCGACUCCAAACGUAAAUAUGUGUUCAAUAGUAGGGGUCUGUCAAAUAUCGAUGCAAAAACUACGGAUUCCCUUAUGGGUCUGUUCCAAGACGACCACAUGUUGUACCACUUGGAAGCAGAACACAAAGGGCUGGAUACAGAAAAACCCACAUUAGAGGAGAUGACUCGCAAAGCCAUUGAAAUCCUCCAGAAAAGCGAGAAUGGAUUCUAUUUAUUCGUAGAAGGAGGAAAAAUUGAUUUGGCUCAUCAUGAUGUAUAUGCGAAAAUUGCUCUCGACGAAACCGCUGAACUAUCAAAAGCAGUCCAGGCCGCAGUAGAUAUGACAAAUGAGGACGACACUUUGAUUGUGGUCACUUCAGAUCAUGCUCACACCAUGAGCUAUGCUGGAUAUCCGGCACGAACCAAUAAUAUUUUCGGAGAAGCUCAAAUCAGCAAAACGGAUAAUCUCCCUUAUAUGACCCUCAGCUAUGCUAACGGAGAUGGCUACGAAAAAUAUAGGGACGAUGAAACUAAUUCACGAGUACCACUAACAGAUUCGGAAGCUAACGAUUACAAACAGAAAUUCCCAUCCACGGUUCCAAAAGACAGUGAAACUCAUGGCGGGGAGGAUGUUGGUGUUUUCGCUAGAGGUCCGUGGGCACACAUGUUCAGUAGCACCUACGAACAGAAUGUCAUUCCACAUCUUAUGGCUUAUGCUUCGUGCAUUGGAAAAGGACUUAAAGCUUGUGAUUAAACGUUUCUAGCUUUGUUAGAUUAAGACACUUUUGAAUUAUUUAUAGACUA